AUGUGGGGUGCACUGGGGGUCUUUGUGAUUCAGAGCCAGCUACGGUCCUGCCAGUGUGCACGCCACUCGCCACCUCUCUACCCUUUGUCCAACGCCUUUUGUUCCCAGCAUCCAUCUGUGCUCCAGCUCAGAGAAGGAAGGAGUCAGGCAUCAUCAUCUUCCCUCCUGCAUGAUAGCUGGUUGUCGGAGCUGAUGCUGUGUGGAGCUAACAAGCCCUGGUCGCCAGCCAUGGGGAACCUCAUUAAGGUCCUAGGCAAGGAUUUAGAGAACUGUCCACAUUUUUUCCUGGACUUUGAAAUGUUCAGUGUGAGGCUAGGGGAGCUCUACUGGGGGCUCAUGGGAAACCUCCUGAAAGUACUGACUUGCACCGAACUUGAGCAUGGCCCAAUAGUUUUCCUUGACUUUGAACAUGCACAGCCCACAGAGGCGGAGACAGCCGUGUACAACCAGGUCAGCGCCGCGCUGGAGGAGGCUCAUGGGAUCCUGGCCGAGCUGCAGUCUUAUAACGGAGCAGGACAGGAGAUACGAGAAGCAAUACAGAAUCCAAGUGAUUUAGCUCUUCAAGAGAAGGCUUGGAAUGCAGUCUGUCCCCUGGUGGCCAAACUUAAACGCUUUUAUGAGUUCUCACUCAGGCUGGAGAAUGCCUUGCGCAGCCUGCUGGAAGCCCUAACCAGUCCGCCCUAUGCUCCGAUGCAGCACCUGGAGCGAGAGCAGGCUCUAGCCAAGCAGUUUGCAGAGAUCCUUCACUUCACACUCAGUUUUGACGAAUUAAAAAUGACAAACCCAGCCAUCCAGAAUGACUUCAGCUACUACAGGAGGACCAUAAGCCGAAACAGGUUGAACAACCAGCAGCUUGAGGCAGAGAAUGAAGUAAAUAAUGAGAUGGCCAAUCGGAUGUCUCUUUUUUAUGCUGAAGCCACGCCCAUGCUCAAGACUUUGAGUAAUGCGACAACCAAGUUUGUGUCAGAGAAUAAGACGCUGCCGAUAGAGGACACCACGGAUUGCCUGAGCACCAUGGCUUGUGUUUGCCGUGUUAUGCUCGAAACACCGGAAUAUCGUUGCCGGUUCACCAACACAGACACCAUGCUGUUCUGUAUGAGGGUGAUGGUGGGCGUCAUUAUUCUCUAUGACCAUGUUCAUCCAGUCGGGGCUUUUGCAAAGACCUCCAAAAUCGAUAUGAAGGGCUGUAUCAAAGUUCUGAAAGAGCAACCAUCGAAUAGUGUAGAGGGCCUUCUCAACGCCCUGAGGUAUACGACACGACAUCUAAAUGAUGACAGCACCUCAAAACAAAUCAGGGCCCUUCUGCAAUGA